AUGCCAGAUUGGUUCACCGAUCUUAGUCUCAAAAAUCCGACAAGACCGCAGGUGAUCGAGGUGAUGGGAUGUUUUAACGGCGUCGCCAGCAACGUUUCCAAGAAACCGGGCCAAAGGGACCGCACGGUCAAGCACCUGAUUGCUGCUUUGCAGGCGAACGGGGAACGCGAACGGGGAACCCUUCUCGGUUCGUUUUUGGCCCAUCACGAGAUCAACUUCUUGGAAAGCGACAAUGGCGCGUUCCGACUCGACGUUCAGGGCACCGACUCGCCCAAGUUGGCAAGGGAGAGGAGCCAUCUGCAUCUUGCAUACGACGAGCCUUGGUGGGCGCUAAUGCUGCCUGCGCUCUGA